AUGAAAGCCAUCCAGAUCAACCAGUUCGUCAAGACUUAUUCCGAGCUGCGCCCCCUCGACGUACCUGGCCCAGCACCGAAAGGAGAUCAAGUGCUGGUGACAAUCACCCACAGCGCGCUGAACCAUGUCGACCUCCUGUACAGCCGUGGGGCGCACCAGAACAACCAUAUCGGCCUGGUCAAGCCGCCCUUCGUCCUAGGCCUCGAGUUCGCGGGGAUCGUUGCGUCGGCGCCGCCGGCAUGCGGGUUCCGGGCCGGCGACCAAGUCUGGGGAGCCUCGGUCGGCGGGUUCGCGGAGCAGAUUGCUGUCCCGCCGUCGGCGCUGCAGAGAUUGCCCACAGGGUGGACGCUGCGCGACGCGGCGGGCGUGGGUGCCGCCACCGCGCCGGUCAGUUAUGGAGCCUUGGUCAGGGUCGCGGAGGUCAAGGCCGGCCAGAUUGUGCUCGUCCACGCCGCGGCUGGUGGGUUAGGCGUUGUGGCUGUCCAGAUCGCCCAUGCGCUCGGCGCAAAGGUCAUCGGCACGGUGGGCAGCGAGGAGAAGGCCGAGGUCGUGAGGAGGCUGGGAGUCCUGGGUGUUGUCAGAUACGAUCGGGAGGGGUGGGAGAAAGAGGUGCUCAAGCUCACGGAGAAUGUCGGCGUCGAUUCCGUGUAUGACACCGUCGGUCUGGUCGAGAAGAGUAUCAGAUGUCUGAAGUUUGGUGGGAAUAUUGUCAUUGCCGGGUUCGCUGGACUCGGUGGGAAGAUGGAGACGCUGGCCAUGAACAGGGUGCUGCUCAAGGGGGUCAAGUUAUUGGGAUACAGAUUCGGCGAAACAGGGAGACGGAAUCCAAAAGAGAAUGAAGAGGUAUGGAGAGGCUUGAAUGAGAUGCUCGAACGUGGCAACAUCAAGCCCGUCGUCUAUGGGACAUAUUCUGGCCUAGAAAGCGUCCCCGGGGCUCUGGACGACCUCGCGGCCAGAAAAGUCUGGGGGAAGGCCAUUGUGGAGAUACAGACGCCCAAGUCACAAGCCAAGUUAUGA